AAGCUACACUCUUUGUGUAGCUAACAAGCUAACCUUAUUAAACAUUGUAAGCAGUGUCAUUAGCAUGUAUAGCAUUCAGAUAAUCGUUGGUAUUAAAAUAUUAGCAUUACCUAGCAUUUAUGUGAGCAUCCUUGCAGUUGCAGUGAGUUAGUUGCUAGCUAGUGGUUGUACUAGCUGAUUUUGCUUAGUAGUAUUAGUAGUAUUAUUAGUAAUGACCAAGUAGUACUGCUGCAGUUUUGCAGUCCUUCCUAAUGUUAUUUAAACACCAUUUAUCACCGUGGUUAUUUGUGUAAACAGCAUCCUAGUAACGUUAGCUAGGGCCCCCGCUAAACCACUCCCCUCCACACCAGCAAGGGGUGCUACACAUUUUUUUAAGAAAAACAAAACCAUCAUCUCCUCUCCGUCACUUUCGUGCGACUGCUUCUGCUUUGUUUGUUCCGCACACGGCAGCAGCAGCAGCAGCCGACUGCACACACCAGGGAUGUAUAAAGAGAACUGGAUAGAGCUCUGUUCAUUCCUAUGAGAGUUGAAUUUGGUGCAUGAAGCCCAAAAUGGAGCUACUGUAGAUUAAGAAAGUACCCGGAUCAUCCGGGGCCUUUUGCUUACAGAGCGUGCUCACGUGAGUUUCCCUACCUCCCCACCUCCGUCGUCGGGUCAGUCAAAUAAAAUAAAGUCAAAUCAGUCAAAUAAAAGGACAACGAAAAAGAACUGGAUUGAACUUGUAGCGCAUUUUACAACUUUUACCCCCUAAUGAUUUAAAUAAGGGCUAUACAAUUGUUCGUACUGUGUAUUUUAUUUAGAUUAAACAAAUAUCCGGUGAUUUACAGACGUCUCUUUGGGACAAAAUUACGUCACUGAAGGUGUAGUACCACUGGUUGGCCACUACGGCCAUUCCAAAAAUCGGCUUCAACGACCGGCGCACUUCCUAUGGCUCGCUGCACACACCCACUUUGUAUACCGAUACUUUCAACCAUGUACAAACCAUCUGGCGAGUUGUUAUCCUCAGCCACUCGGUCUAUCAUGGCCAAGCCGAGUGAUCUAAAGAUGUUCCUGGAGUCUUCUCUGAAUGAGAUCUUCAAAGCCACAGUGAGCGACAUCCUGGAUUCAGUGGACAGGACCCUGUCCGAGUACCAGGGCACAAUACACAGGAUCGAGUCCGAAAACGAGGGCCUGAAGAGGCUGCUGUUAGCACAGAGGAGCACCGAGUCUGCUGCUAGAGAUCCUCGUGAACAAGAUGCCACUGAAAGGUUUUCCUCUUCAGAAUGGAACGAUUAUCCCUUCGGCUCGACGCAGGGCACGUUCCAGAUGUCCAUAUGCAGCAGUGACAAGAAGAGCUUCAGGAGGAAGCAGAAAGACAAGACGAGGGAGAACACAUCCUCUUCCUCCUUUUUACUGCAGCCUGAUCAUAUGGAAGAAACUCAAUGUGUGAGCACAGCCGAUGUAAGCAUUAUCACACACAACGUGUUAUCUGUUAAAACAGAGCCUGGCCUGGAUGAAAGUGGUGCUAUUGACCUCUCCCAGCCUUCACCCCUGCUCAAUCUAACAAUAAAAACCGAGAGCACGGAAGUCAAUAUUAGCAGUCAUGAUGCAUAUGCGCCUAUGCCGCCAUCUACAGGCCUCGAACAAGACUCCAGAGGAAGUGACAGUGAAGUUAAAGUCACCAUUGUUUCUGACACCUACAUGCAGGAUGGACAAUUAAUAAAGACUGAGGAGGAGCAGAAUGGGGUGUCACAGUAUGAUGGUGACGAUGACAAUUUACUUUUGAAGCAGGCGUUGAGGUAUAACCCUGAAUCAGAAAUAGACCCUGAGGCGGCGAGUACACAGGUUGUGGAGCCAGACGUAGAGUCACAUGAGGAAAACGCUGCAGUUCCUGAACUUUUAGAGGUUCCUGAUAACUUCUUACGCUGUCCUACUUGUCCCAAAACAUUUAGUCGAGCCUCCUCUCUCAACAUCCACAUCAAGACACACAGCGCUGAGAAAUCUCACAGCUGCAGCUACUGCGGCAAGCGCUUUGGGCGUGCUGAUCUCCUCAAGUCCCACAAGCGUACCCACACAGGAGAGAGACCCUACUGCUGCAACAUCUGCAGCAAGACGUACGCCCACCCCAGUCAGCUCAGGAUACACAAACGUGUGCACACCGGAGAGAAACCCUACUCGUGCUCGCACUGCGGGAAGUGCUUCAACGAGCACAACCAGCUCAAAGUCCACCUGCGGACUCACACCGGGGAGAGACCUUACAGCUGCCAGGAGUGCGGCAAGACGUUCAGCAAUGCAGGUAACCUUCGAAUACACGAGAGGAUUCACACCGGGGAGAAGCCGUACUGCUGCGCUCAAUGUGGGAAACGCUUCAAUGGCUUAGGGGACCUUAAAACCCACUACAGGAUCCACACUGGAGAGAGGCCCUACAGCUGCGAGCUCUGCAAGAAGACCUUCAGCCAGGCGGGCCACCUCACCAUUCACAUGCGCAUGCACACGGGAGAGAGGCCGUACAGCUGCAACGAGUGCGGCAAGAGGUUCACGGUGGCCAGCAGCCUCAAACUGCACCAGAGGACUCACACCGGAGAGAAGGAGUACAGCUGCUCGUUCUGCAGCAAGAGCUUCAGCAGGUCGGGACACCUGAAGAGACACGAGCUGGUGCACACCAAAGAGAAGGUGUUCCUCUGCAGCCAGUGUGGUAAGACCUACACCGACCAGUCGUCCCUCAAGAAGCACCUGAAGAUGCAUGCGACCAAGGAGCAGAAGGCUCAGAGCGAGGGAAGCACCAGUGAGACAGAAACAAACCGACCUACAGCCUCAGAGACGCUAUCAGACACUGAUAGAAGUUAGAACUAAAGGGCCAAUAGAAGAGACUAAUAUAAAAGCUCAGAAAGAUUCUCUGAUACAGAAAUACAUCUCACAGCCUACAUCAUAUGAGUAUCACUGCUUUAUCUGUUUAUAGAUGAUUUAGUUUUCAACUUCUACCUAAACUGGACCUCCUGGAUUGUAUUUUGUCUAUCUGGUACCUUAAACAACGCACUGCAGGAGAGCUGACAUUUUGCAGGGCAGUUGAUGUGUGCUCUGGUUCAAAGCACCAGAAAAACGUUUAAAGGUCCCAUGUCAUGCUUCUCUGGUUAUUACCCGUCCCCUUGUGUGUUAUGUAGCUUUGUAUGCAUGUAAACGGUCUGCAGAGUCACAAACCCUCAAAGUACACCCUGUAGCGAGUAAAACUCGCAGAAAAGACCUGUCUAUGCUGCCCAGAACGCCUCGUUGGACAUUUCUCUUUUUCCAUUUUUUUCCUCCUGAGUAAAGUGACGUAACGGCUCCUCACACACACUCAGCCUUAUCUUUUCUCAGCUGCGGCUCCGCGGAUCUCCGCACACGUGUAUUAGGGCUGCUCAAUUAUGGCAAAAAUCAUAAUCUCGAUUAUUUGGGUCAAUAAUUGAUAUCACGAUCAUUAAAAACGAUUAUCCAUUUACUUUGAAAACAUCCAUUUAUUGAAAAACAAAUGUGAACAGUAUGUUUUUAACAGUUGAUUACCCUGAACUUUAAGUAUAAUUCAACUGAAAAACCAAUAAAAAUGUAAUAAAUAAAAAUAAUCGUUUUAUUUAGAUGAUGUUGUUUUCAUAAUCGUUUCAAGCCAAAAUCGUAAUUGCGAUUAAAAUACGAUUAAUUGAGCAGCCCUAACGUGUGUGUGCUCAGGCUGAGCUCCGCGGUGUCUCGCUGUCUCGCAGUCCCCCCGCAGCAACCAGGAAACUCCACCAGUAACCCAAAUGUGAUUUUGGAACAUUGAACAAUGUAAAUCGAUUCUAGUAGACCUCAACAAUGGAAUUAUGAUCAGUAGAAAUGGCCAUGACAUGGGACCUUUUAAGUGGAUCUCAAGGUUGAGAUCCUAUAUGUCUAACUGCUGUUCCCGAGAUCACAGUUUUACGCUAGAAAUUGUACAUGUUUUUUGUGGUACGGUGCAAUUCACUGUUGUCUAAUAUUUGCUGUGGUUUAUUAGCUCCAAGUAUUUAGCAAUAAGUUAUGAUUUAUUUAUUAUUUUCUUUUGACUCGUUAAAUCUAAUGUCGUCUUGUGAGACAGAUAAUGGGACCCUUACAGAGCUGUUCUUUUAAACGUGUGUAUGGUACCAAAUGUUGGUAAUAUAAUGCUUAAAAAGAAAAGUUGUUGAAUGCCUGUCAGAUUAGCAGGAUGCCUUUUCGACCUCCCUGCUGAAGCAACACACUGUUUUUUUCUGUGGUGCUUAUGUUUGACCUUGAAAAUAGAAUAUCCCCACAGGGGUCAGUUAACAAUAACGAUAUAAUUGUUUGAGAAUUACACCAUUUAAGAUGCUUCUACGCACAUGUCAACACUUUGUAUAGUAGCCAGAGUGUUAGAAAUGUGUGCCGCACCAGUGACUUAUGAUAAAGAUUAUAAAUAUAUUGCUGUAUAUUUAGCUUUAACUAUACAUCCAGCAGUCUGUUCCAUUGAACUGACACGAAUGUAUUUGUGUAAUAACGGGACUAAAAUAGUGUUGCUGCAAAUAAUCAAUAUCUAUUGACCAACUUUCACUAUUGAAGAAUCAAUCAUUGUUUUUUCAGCCAUGUUGAUCUAAAACGAUGUUGAGCUUUUAGAGGUUUUGUUUUCACUGUGCGAACAGGAAGCUGACGCACACAAGAGGAAAACGUCAUGUUUAUGAUGAUAGGGCUUCUGUUUGUUUGGAAAUGUGUUGAUAUACCUCCACUGCGGCGUAUAUGAACUAGUAAACACUAUUAAACUGAGUGUUUUCCUCUAGGACUUUAUUGUAACCUACAUGUGUGUUUUGUGUCUAAAUUAAAAAGAAAGUUAACCAAAA